GAUAAAAAGGAUCUGACUGCAUGGGGUUGGAGGGAGCAGGAGAAUGACAUUUAGGUUGAAGGCAGACAUUUGGCUGGCAGGGUCCUGGCUGUGCCUGAGAGGCGCCAGGGCACUGGGCACCAGAGCUGUUGUGGCCCCCAAGACUACAGUGCUGCCCUUCAAAGCCAUACCCCAGUACUCAGGCAACAAAUGGCAGAAGGUGCUGCAGAUCUGGAAGGGGCAGGACUAUGAUGACUUGCACCUGGAGGUAGAUCGGGCCUUCCAGGAGCUGGGGCCCAUUUUCAGGUAUAACAUGGGAAAGACACAGAUAGUCUCUGUGAUGCUGCCAGAGGACGCUGACCAGCUGUACCUGGCAGAGAAAGUGUAUCCAUACCGCAAGGUCAUGGAGCCCUGGAUAGCCCACAGACAGCACCGAGGGAAGAAGCCUGGAGUGUUCUUGCUGAAUGGGCCUGAAUGGCACUCUGACCGACUACAGCUGAACCCAAAUGUGCUGUCCCCAAAGGCAGUGCAAAAGUUCCUCCCCAUGGUGGACAUAGUGGCAAGAGACUUCUCAGAGGCCUUGAAGAAGAAGGUGCUACAGAGUGCCCAGCGGAUCCUGACCCUGGGCAUCCAGCCCAGCAUUUGUAACUAUAGCAUAGAAGCCAGCAACUUUGCACUUUUUGGAGAGAGGUUGGGCCUCCUAGGUCAUAACCCGAGCCCUAACAGCCUGAACUUCAUCCAUGCCCUGGAGACCAUGUUCAAAUCCACCAGGAAGCUCAUGUUCUUGCCCAGGUAUCUGCCCAGCUGGAUGAGCAGCCAGGUGUGGAAGGAGCACUUUGAGGCCUGGGACCACAUCUCUGACUAUGCUGAAAAUUGCAUCCAGAAGAAAUACCAGGAGCUGGCUGCAGGAUCCCCUCAGUACUACAGCGGCAUCAUGGCAGAUAUGCUGUUGGAUGGGGACUCAUCACUAGGUGUCAUCAUGGCCAACUCUUUGGACUUCAUUGCAGGGAGUGUGGACACGACCACCUACCCAAUAAUGAUGACGCUCUUUGAGUUGGCCAGGAACCCCACGGUGCAGCAGGCCCUGCACCAGGAAAGCCUGGCUGCUGAGCCCAGCAUCUCAGGGAAUCCUCAGAGGGCUACCAUGGAACUGCCCCUGCUUCGAGCAGCCCUCAAGGAGACCCUGAGGCUGUACCCUGUCGGUCUUUUUCUGGAGAGAAUCCUGAGCUCAGACUUGGUGCUUCAGAACUACCACCUCCCGGCUGGGACCUUGGUCCAUUUGUAUCUGUAUUCAAUGGGCCGAAACCCCUCAGUGUUCCCGAGUCCAGAGCGCUAUAACCCGCAACGCUGGCUGGACAGCAGGCAGACCUUCCAUCACCUGGCUUUUGGCUUUGGGGUGCGCCAGUGUCUGGGGCGGCGUCUGGCAGAAGUGGAGAUGCUGCUGUUUCUGCAUCACAUUCUGAAAUCCUUCCACGUGGAGACACCGCUCCAAGAGGAUGUGAAGUUGGCCUACAACUUUGUUUUGAUGCCCACCACCUUCCCCCCCCUCACUUUCCGGGCUGUCACCUAGUCAUACUUCCCCACCGAGGAUCCCAGGCACAGCGCUAUCCUCUGUCUCCAUGAUCCUAGGCCACCCCUCCUGUUCUCCUGCAAGAGCACUGCUUCCUGGCCACAGUGCUAUGUAGAGGGCUCCCAGCUCAAACAGUGCAGGCAAAGCCCUGCAGGAUCUGGGCUCAGCAGGCUGUGCAGCCAGGCCAGAGCAGAGCUCAGGAGGAUCAUGGUGGCCCAGCCUGGUUUUGUCCCCUCCCCAGCCCCACCCAGCUCCAUCUCCUGCAAACUUUCUCUGCUAGAACACUGUCUCUCUCUCUCCUGAGCACGGUUUCCAGCAUCCUCCUGUGGCCAUCAGAUCACACUCUUAAUAUUGGCCAUACUUAUGUUUUCCAUUUAUGUGGAAUCAGCAAAGAAAAUAGAUCUAAGUUGGCGACACAUCACCUGAGCUAUGGCGUUGGUGUACGUGAACUCAAAAAUUAGGAAAGUAAUUUUGGGGCCGGGGAUUAGCUCCGUGGCACUGCGCCUGCCUUGCAAGUGGAAGGUUCUGAGUUCAAUCCCUGGUACCAAAAAAAAAAAAAUAAAAAAGGAAAGUGUGAAUACUAGUGAGGAUUGUGUAUCAGCAAGGGGUUGUGGUGGUCUCUGAGGGUCAGAGAUGUAGACAGGAGGUCAUAAUGGAGACCUGGACGAGGUGACAGGAGAGGUCAUUGCUGGAGAGCUGUGUCUUCCUGGAGAUGAAGCAUUAACUGACAUGAGGCAGGUAUUUCCUGGGGAAAGCAAUAAUCUCCCUGAAUAUUUAGCAUGGAUCAGAGUGUGUUAACCUGUUGCAGAUUUCUCUGGAGGCUCAGCAGUGUAUAGGGAGUAUAUUUUGACAAAGAACAAGGAUUUUAUUAAAUUGGGUGUGUGGGAUGAAUUAGGUCCACUGAAAAUCAACUUAAAAAGAUGUUGAGCCCCAAAUGUCCUUAGAACGUGACUGUAUUUAGAGAUAGCACCUUUAUCAAGGGAUUUAAUUUGAAAUCAAGUGACUGGGGUGGACUUCAAUCCCAUAUGAAAAUGUCUUUACAAGAAGAGUAGUUUAGGUCACAUACCCACAUACAGGCACCACAUGAGAUAAAACCCAAUAAAAUGUAAAAAUCCAUAAACAAGUAAUUCAUAUGCAUAGGGAUGAAAUAAUAUAGAGAAAUAACAUAGAGAAAAUUACUCUUGGCUCUUCACCUCUAUGGUGUUCUCCCACAAGACAUAUAACUUCAAUGUAAUUAUGAGAGAACAUCAGAUAAAUCUUAACACACUGACAUGAUGCCAAACACCUGGCCAGAAGUUAGUGUGACAAGGUCCUAAAAAAUAAGGAAACACUGAGAGAUGGUCACAGGUUACACUGACCAAAUGCAACAUGUUAUCCUGGGGUGGAUAUUAGUGGAGAAAUUGGUGAGAUGCAGACAGAGUCUGUGGUUUAGUUAUAAUUAUUGUUCCAAAAGUUAAUUUCUUUGUGUUGACCAAUGCACUAUGAUUAUGUAAGAUGCUGACACAAAGGAAGUUGGGUGAAGUAGGUAAGGGAGUGUUCUGCUGUCCUGUGUGAUUCUUGGUUACCUCUAAAAUUAUUCCUGAAUAAAGAUAAAAAUAUACGUACCAAAGCAA